GUUUUGACACUGGUCCCUUCUGUGUCUCGGUGAAGUGUUCGCUUCAUAUUUCCAGGCUGGAGUAAAGGCGUUCCGGUCGCAUCCAGUUCACAUCUAGCGACCUCCAUGGCAUAACAUUGUACCUGGAUGCGGAAGAUAUAUCAACCUCCAUGGACGGGAGUUACUUCAACCUGCGGGGCGGCGCAGCGCGUUCGCCGGCGUCGAGUGACUGCAACGAUCCUCUGCCUCUUGAAUUACCCUCGGUGCCUUCGUCGACAACGGCAGCGUUGACUGCCCUCCAAUAUUUACCGAUACCGCUCCUCGUCUUAUCCGCACAGAAGACAGUCGUUCUUGCCAAUGAGGCCAUGGCUCGCUUGCUCGGGAUAGAGUUCGAGUGCACUGCUACGCAAGGGUCCACGGUCACGGACAUUCUGGAAGGCAAGAGCAUAGCCGAACUGGGGGUCGAUAUAUUGCAGAACGGCUCGCCGAUUCUUGUGUCGUGGGAGGACUUCCUCGACUCUGUUGUCAGUGAUUCCGCGUCACAUCCAGGCGGACAUGCUGAUGGCCAUCAAGCCCCUUCAGAAAGCGGCGCUAGUACGCCCACCGCAUUGACGGCUCUACAGGAUCGUGUGGAGUCAAUGCCCAAACUACCCCGGCUAAGUAGUUCCAAUUUGGCGAAAGCUACAGUCCACGACGUCGCUGUCGAUGUGGUCAUAGCACCAUUCGGUGCUGGCACUUGCAACAAAGCUCCAACCAACAAGGCUACCAUAUACGACGAGGCACUUCAGGCUACGCUGAUUGUAUCCGUCUGGAGCAUCGAAGACACCCAAUACUUCACGUUGACCUUCACAAGUGCUCAUCCAACUGACGCUAUCCACACGUCACGCCCGUCGAGCCGCAUAGUGACUAGAACGGCUACUGCGACGAACCUGAACGCCUCCCGAAGCUCAGCGUCAAGUUCUUCGUCCGGACCACGAUCAGGACCAAAUUCAAAUCCUACCUCCAAAGCCGUGACGCCGACGUUUCAUCAAGUAGAGUUCCCUCCUCGUGGGCCACCUCCAAAGAGCAAGCAUGACAUCUCUACGUCCGCUUCCAUCUUCCAGAAAGCCUCUCAGAUGAAGGAUGCGAUACUGAAUUCCAUCAGCAUGCCCGCGUAUGCCAUGUGGAAAGACGAGAGCUUUGGUAUACCCAAUAAAGCGCUUCUACGACUUUUGCCCCAGGACGGGAUCGAAAACCUAGGCGAUCAGAGAGCCUUCUUAGGGCAAUUCACCCUCUGGACUGAAGAUUACGAACGAGAGUUAGCUUUAGACGAGUUUCCGAUUAUGGAGCUUUGCCGCAGCCGACAACGCCUGCGUGGCCGAAGAAUCGGAAUGCGGAAUCCGAAUACAGGGAAUCGAAUCGUUUUCGAUGUUACAGGCGAACCCGUGCUACAUGACGAGACAGGCGAGUUCCUGGGCGGAAUUGUCAUUUUCAAAGACGUCACCGAAUACGCUAGGAAAAUCGCAGCCCAGCUUGAGGAGAACGAACGACAAUUCGAAUCUAUUGCGAAUUUCAUGCCUGUAAUGGUAUGGACAACAAAGCCGGACGGCGCGCAUGACUGGUUCUCACAACGAUGGAUCGAUUACACCGGGCUGACCAUGGAAGAGUCACUAGGAGAAGGAUGGAGAAACGUCUUUCAUGCGGAAGACAUGACUGCGACCUCGGCAAGAUGGGCACAUUCUCUGCAAACCGGCGAAGAAUAUAUUACGGAAUACCGAGCUAAGCGGCAUGACGGAGCAUGGAGGUGGAUGCUAGGCCGAGCUCUCCCGUUUUACGAUGACAAGGGAUGUAUCGUGAAGUGGUUUGGGACGUGCACAGACAUCCACGACUUGGUAGAGGCUCGACAGUCUGCUCAUCAGACCAAGAGCCAGCUUCUUCGCGUUAUCGAGCAUGCGAAAGUAACCCUGUGGGUCGUCAACAGGCAGAGCGAGUUAAUAUUAUUAGAGGGCGGUAUGAGAUUGGGCAACGAAGAAAGCACUGAGAAGGCCCUGGGGAAGAAUAUUUACAAGGUUUUCGCUCAUGACAAAGCCAAUGGGGGGGUCGAGCGCUGGAAGCGACCAAUUCAAGAGAUAUUGGAGGGCAAAGCUCAGGACGAAAUUGUUGAGAGGAUCAUGCAGAAGGAACGCUAUUACCGCACGCGACUCGUACCAUUGUGGAGCAGAUCGAGGGUUGGAGGCAUAGAAGGCGACUCUUACAUCGACGGCGUGAUCGGCGUAUCGAUGGACGUGACCGAACUGCGGGAAAGAGAGAACCAGCUCCGCAAGCAGGAGAAGGAAAAUAGCAGAUUGUUGGCUAAGGCAGCGGCAGCGAAAGAGGCGAGCUCCAUGAAGAGUCAAUUCCUCGCAAACAUGUCGCACGAAAUUCGGACUCCUAUCGCCGGGGUAAUCGGGAUGAGCGAGCUCCUGUUGGACACUGACCUCGAUGUUGAGCAGGAGGAAUGCGCAGAGAACAUCCAGCAAUCCGCGAACGGCUUGCUUACCGUCAUCAACGAUAUCCUAGAUUUUUCCAAGGUCGAGUCAGGGCGCCUGGACGUAGAAGAGGUGCAGUUCAGCCUAUCGGUUGUUCUCCGAGACGUCAACAAGAUGAUGGCUUUUGCAGCCCAGAGGAAGAACAUUGCAUAUGAGAGCUUUAUCCAACCAGAAGUCGAACGAGACUUGAGGGUCAUGGGGGAUCCAGGGCGGUUGAGGCAAAUCCUGACCAAUGUGCUAACCAACAGUAUCAAGUUCACGUCGGAGGGGUACGUCCGGCUCGCGGUAUCGAUCACGCACAAGACUGAGGAGACAGUGACUGUCAACUUCGUAGUCGAAGAUACGGGUAUCGGAAUCGAAGAGGAGGUUCGCAAGCUCUUAUUCCAGCCUUUCAGUCAAGCGGACUCGUCUACGGCUCGUCGAUUUGGAGGAACUGGUCUAGGACUGACAAUCAGCAAAAAUCUCGUCCAAUUGAUGCGUGGAGACAUCGCAUUAGAGUCGAGAUUGGGCCAGGGAACGACAGCAACCUUCUUCAUCCCUUUUAACAGAGCACCGUACCAGGACGAUGGCUCACCGUUAAUCGAUCUUGCCUCGAUCCCUGAUCGACUGCAGGCUGACGUCUCGGUGUCUUGCGGAAGUUCGGACGAUCACACCCCGCCGCUGACUCCAAAACGCUAUAACGGCAGCGUCAAGAACUCCCGUGAUCGCGGGGAUUCUCAGGCCAUGGUGCCACCGAUGGUGGAUACGAGUAUUCCAGAACACCUGGUCAACCUUUCAGAGAGCGAGAGGAAGAAAGUCCACAUACUGGUCGUUGAGGACAAUCAAAUCAACCAACAGAUUGCCCUGAAGACUAUCGAGAAGUUGCACUUUAGUGUCAAUGCCGUGUGGAACGGACAGGAAGCCCUUGACUACCUUGCGCGGGAACCAUCGCCUGACCAUCCCCGUCCCGAUAUUAUCCUGAUGGAUGUCCAGAUGCCUCUUCUGGACGGCUAUCAGGCUACCCAGGCCAUCCGAACGGACUUCAAGCACAUGCCCGAUGUUCGGACCGUCCCAAUCAUUGCGAUGACUGCAUCAGCUAUUCAGGGGGACAAGGAGAAAUGCCAGCAGGCUGGGAUGGAUGAUUAUUUAGCGAAGCCAGUCAAAGGCAGACUCCUCGAGCGAAUGCUGGUGAAGUGGGCGGUUCAGGGAAGACGCAAAUCCGCCAAGGCCUCCCAUUCCAGAAAAGACAAAGAUCAACGACGCGGCACGGCCCCAUCAAAUGCGAGCCCUAGUGCAACUGCCCAAAACCUCAAUGAUCAACCGAAAACCUCGCAGCUUUCGGGCGAAUCUGAAACGGCGGCGCAAUCUGCAUCGUUGACGGCUGAGCUUGACCGCCUGCACUUCCAAAGUGACAACGCCUUGGCCAAAUCCUCCGAAACCGAUGGUGACCGAGCCAUGCGACGAAUCCACGCUGAGGAGAUGGCGUCAAGCUCACGAGACGAAAAGCUCCUCUCCCUCACGGGACCCCGGCCCCAGGUACACCGGCAUAGCAGCUAUCAGGGGCCCCAAGAAGAACCCCAGUUACCCCUGACCCUCGAGAACAUGCAGAAACUCGAAAAGGAGGUAGAACCCGCCCUCUCUCGUGCCCCUCCCGAGCCUGACCAGAGCUCGAGUGUGGCUAUGGAGAUGGGAACACACAAUAGAGAGUCACCGGCCGGCAGACCAUCGUUAUCGCAGACGCGACUUCGCGACAGUGAACGCACCGUUACUCCACGGUCCCAAACGUGAAGUGGAAAAGAACUCGUUGUUUUUGACGACCCAUCACAGUCGAGAACGAGGAGCUGGAUGAGAUUUGCUCCUACCUCUUACCGUGUCGGGCGUCCUGCAUGAGCCAGCAUUCACCGACGCCCGCUGCGUCCCGCCU